AUUGCAGCUCCACUGCACACAUGUAUGACAGCUACCUGAGGAAGAAGCCAAGUAAUUGGAAACUUAGCUCACUGCAGCAGCAGCAGUAGCGGGUCGACAGGUACCUGGAAGUGGCGCAUCGGGUCCAUUGAUUCAGAUGAUACCCGCCUACAUGGAGAUCUAGACCAAUGAGUGGCUCUUCGGAGACCUUAAUUGAGAGUAGUUACCGAGGCCAGUAACAAAGAGAAGCGGUGUUAAAUUUUAACUUCACAUUUUACAAUCUUUGUAUGUGUUUCAUUUCUUGGCCAUGGACCGACCCAGUCUUCGGAGACUGUUUUCUGCUUGUGAUGUGAACAAGUCCGGGAAGAUCGAGUACGAGGACUUCACGGUUGUUUGCCGGGAGCUGAACGUCCCCGAAACCGAGAUCAAAACUCUGUUCGACAAGUUCGACGCGGACGAAGACGGAUACAUUGACUACAGCAAGUUUUCGUCCAGGUUUCAUGAAGUUUCAGAGACUCUGGACCUGGCGUCUUUUGGCGCUGGGUCGCCCCAAAACCAAGGGUGUUCGUGGGAAGAGUUCGUAGGCAGAAUAGACUCGGAGUCUCUCCUGUCUGAAAGUCUCAGGGAGCAGCUAGCUGAUCUUUACCAGGCCAUUCAUUCCUCUGCAAACAUGACUCUGCUGCAGCAGUAUGAGGAAAUUAUCCACUCUCUGAUCAGUCAGAGCCUGGACACCAGACUGGAGUGUGAACAGCUGGAGACCAGUUUAAAGAGAGCUGAGGAGAUGAACAACAGUCAGCUGGCAGAACUGGAGGACGAUAUACAGCAACAACUUGUCAGAGCAGAGGAGAGGGUGAGAGAUGAGGAGCGUAAGAGAAUGGAUGGAAUCAUGGCCUCCAUGCAAAGGAAGCAUGAGAAUGAGGUUGCAGACCUGCAUGCAACUGUGGACAGACUGCUAAAGAGCCAAGAGGACUCUGAAUUUAAUCAUUCAAAGGAGGAGGUGGUCAGACUGAACAGAAAAAUCAGUGAUCUUUCACAGGAAAACGAGCAGCUGCGGGCCUCUCUGUUACAAGCCCAGACGAACAUCGCCAUGUUGCACUCGGAGCUGGACAAGCUGAAGAACAUGUAUGCAGAUCAGAAAGCUCAACAUGAAAGAGAAACUGAUGAUUUGAAGAUGAUGGUUAUGGAAUACCAGUCGUACUCCAGUCAGAUUCAGAUCCUCCAGGAAAUGAAUAAAAAGCUGUAUGACAGUAACGACGGGCUUCGCUCUGCCUUGGCCAGUGAAGUGGUUGCAGCUAAAAGAAGGCUGUCUCCCCAAAAUGAAAUCCCAGCCCGAAGGAUGAAACCCCUCCGUCAGAGCACACUCAACCACAGCAGCUCAGAGCUGGAUCCCAGCAAAACGACGUACUCUCAUGUUGCUACCUGGGCUGAUAAGUACCUGGACAGUGGAGUCUCUCUGCCGAUGGACACAGUUGAGAGCUCAGCCAGUGAUUAUGACAGUGAGGACAGCAGAGGCUCGGUGGAAACGGUGCACCACAGUUACUCCUAUGUCCCGUCUGAUGUGGAGAUAUCAGAAGUCAAAUCAGAGGCUGCAGUGUCGGUGGCUCCCAGCAGGGCGAGCUCCAUCGCAUCAUCCCUACGCAGACGUUUGUCUGCAUUUUCCACAAAGCCAUUAGAAGCAGAUAUAGAAGAAGGUGAGGAGCCCGCUCCGAUGUACCGUCUGGUUUUAGCUGGAGAUGCCGGAGCUGGAAAGUCCAGCUUCAUGCUGAGACUGACGCUCAACGAGUUCAGAGGAGACAUUCAGACAACGCUGGGAGUUGACUUCCAAAUGAAGAGGAUGCUCGUGGAUGGAGAGAAGACGAACCUGCAGAUAUGGGACACAGCUGGGCAGGAGAGGUUCCGGAGUAUUGCCAGAUCUUAUUUCCGUAAAGCUCAUGGCGUCCUGCUGCUCUACGAUGUUACUUCAGAAAGCAGCUUCCUCAACAUCAGAGCGUGGGUGGAUCAGAUUCAGGAUUCAACGGAUGAGAAAAUCCCCAUGUGUGUUAUUGGAAACAAGGUGGACCUCCGAGAGCAGCUCGCAGACGGAAGCUGUGUGAGCAGUUUGCACGGAGAGAAGUUGGCCAAGGCAUACGGCGCCUUGUUCUGCGAAACGAGUGCCAAAGAAGGAACCAACGUCGUCGAGGCUGUGCUUCAUCUAGCGAGAGAAGUAAAGAAAAAUGUCAAACUGAGGCGGCAGUCAGAUUCUCAGGUCAGACUGAGUCCAACCAACCCGAAGAAGACUCUUAACAACUGCUGCCGACUGUAGAUAUCAGUAGAUACCAUGGAACAAUGAAGGACAAGUGAUUUUUAUUUUGUGAUGAAGGAACUAAUUUUCUUACAUGUUUUAACCUUUAAAAUAUUUAAAUUUCAAGCUUUAAAUAUUUUUUCAUAAAUGUUAUUUCUCUGAUCAAAAUGAAGGUUUCUAUUACUUAAAAAUUGCACAUGUACAUAAUGUAAUCAUGCAUUUUAUGAUAAUUUUUUUUUUUUUUGCAGAAUUAAACAAUAAGCAGAUCUAAUUAAAUUGAUGCACUUUAAUCCUUUGAGAUCAAACUUCUGAGACAGAUGUAAUUGGUUCUUGAAAAAUCAAGAGAAAAAGACCAGAUACAAUUUUGAAACAUUUUAUUUUAAGCAUCAGUGUAAGAGACAUUACAGUGCAGUUUUAACACUUUUAAUUGCUGAAGCAGAAUUUCAGAUUUGUGUUGUUGAAGUGUUACUCAUUUACUAAAAUUACUUUUUGUGGUUUAGUUACAGACUUUACAAAAGUUCCACAGAAUUUUUUUAUUUGAGUAUCUGUGAUACCAGGACAUUUUCCAGGACCUAUUUUUUAUGACAAAAAGAAAUGUAAUCCCGUUUCCAAAUAAAACAGAUAUAACUGGAAAGAUGGCCGUAAGAAACUUCUGUUUAAUCGAUUAGCAAAAAUCUCUGCUGCUAUUGUGAAUUCACCCAAUGCUGCACUAUUCUCAUUUUCAUAAAUACUGCACACUUUUCAGUGAGGACAUUUUUCUACCAUGUGAAACUCACAUAAAUACAAGUUCAGGCUGUGGUGCUGCUGCGGUGCGUACCUUCUCACACCUUUACUGUAGAAAACUCUUCAAAUGUAAUGACUA